AGACUUUUAUUGUUGGUGCUGUUGAUGCCGGUGACCAAGUCAUGGGCUUCACCGUGGCUAAGGUUCCAUUACAGAUAGAGUUCUGAGACGGAGAACUCAGAGAAGAGAGGGGGAGAGGAAAUAAAAAAAGUAACGGCGUUUAUUUUUAUUUUUUAAAGUUCAGGAAAAAAAUUGUCUUUUUGGAUGAAAUUGGUAGGUUUUAAAAUGUUUUGGACUUAGUUGGAUAUUAUCACAAUCCUCAGGGGUGGAUUGUGGAAUUUACCCUUUUUUUUUUUAUUUACUUUUACACAAUACACAUACAUAUAUUCCUGAACCCUGACUGUACUUCCUAAUUGAACUCGCUCUCUCUCUCUCUGAGCCAAAAUCCCCAGUUGGGGUGCACGCUGUGUCUCUCGCCCACAUCGAGCCUUUAACCAUCUUUCUUGCUUAGUAUUAGGUAAUUAGAGAGAGAAGAGAUAAUGGGAUUGCCAGAUGCACCAGGAGAUUUGUCAUCAGAAGUGGAUGUUGAUGCUUUCAGACGCCUCUUCCCUCUUCGUUUUUACGAGCGUCAUCUCACUGAAUCUAUAAGGCCAGAUGGCAGGCCACUUGGAAGAGCUAGAGAUACAACUAUAGCCCUUGGAGCUGUUGCAUCUGCUGAGGGUUCAGCAUUGGCAAAGAUUGGUUCAACUACAAUGUUGGCUGCUAUUAAAAUGGAAGUAAUGACUCCUUCCAUGGACUCACCGGACGAAGGCUGCAUAGCUAUCGAUUUCCACAUGCCUCCAAUUUGUUCUCCAAUUGUUAGACCUGGCAGGCCAGCUGAGAUAGCACCAGUUGUGUCAAAACAAUUGUCUGACACUAUUUCAAGUUCUGGCAUGAUCAACUUGAAAGAGUUAUCCUUGGUCAGUGGAAAAGCUGCUUGGAUGGCAUACUUGGACAUAUACUGUUUGGAUGCUGAUGGUGCUCUCUUCGAUGCUGCUUUACUAUCAGCUGUUGCUGCUUUUUCUCAUUUACAAAUACCUGCAGUUUCCCUAAAUGAUGAUGGUAAAAUAGUUGUUGUGUCUGAGGAAAAUGGAGGAAAGCUGGAAAAGGAUGCUGUUAAUAAAGAGAGGAUGAAACUGACGCUGAAAAGCGUUCCUUUCUCACUAACAUGCGUACUUCACAAGAAUUAUAUCUUGGCAGACCCCACUGCAGAGGAAGAGUCCAUCAUGGAAACUGUUGUUACUGUGGUUUUGGAUUCUUCAAGUCAACUUGUUUCUCUUUACAAGCCAGGUGGACCAGUUCUCGCUUAUACAUCUGCUAUCCAGGAUUGUGUUGCAUUGACAAGGCAAAGAAUGAAGGAACUACAAAAGAUUUUAGAUGAAGCCAAUUCUGGUAUGGAGGUUGAUUAGUGCAGUUAAUGAGUUUGGCUGUUCUCUUUCACAGCUAUAUCUAUGUAUUCUUUGUUUUCUGUAGUGACAUUGUUAAAUUUAUAAAAUUAAAAAAAAAAAAAAAAAAAUUUUGAAAGGGGUCUUCAUUUUUUUUUUAAAAUCUUGGUUGCACAAGUGGAAGAGUUUGUUCAUUGCAUUUUGAGAGAAAUUGUGUAACAUUUUUUUAUUCUCAAUGGUAAAUCAAAUGCGACUUUCAUAAAGAAGUCCACCUAUCACUUGUAAUAUCUCUUCCAUUCUACUCAGUUAAUUGCCAUUGACUUCCAUGUUAGAGUUAACGACUUCAUUAA